UCCACUUCCAUUCGAACUUGAACCACAAAUUUGAAUACCGCACUCCAAGUUAAGUGAGUUUCAGGUUCGAUUAAUCGCCUUAAUUAAAUAGUUCCAACAUUUGCCGGGUGCAUAAUUUAGAACACAAAUUUCCUGAUCUAUUCCUUAUGUAUUUUUGACUCACUGCUACUUGGCAUUUAUAAAAAUGCUAUUUACGCUCAUAAGCGUUGCAAUUUGUGAGUGAUCUGCGAUGUUUAAUAAUAGAAUACAAUCCACUUGUGACCCUCACCUAAUUCAUUUCGAUAUCGUGUCUAUUAUUUCGCCAAAUAGAAAAAAAAAAAAACUAGAAUGAUGGGAAAAAAGUUGAGACGAGUACAUUCAUUUCCUUCAAACAGGAAUUCCGGAUAACCGAAAACUGGGUCUACACUUCACCAAGAGUCGCGAAGUGAGUGAAAUUUUAGAAGGAUUGAUAUCUCGGUUUUGGUCAUUUAUCCUCGUGGUUGUAAAUUCGCCAAGUAUUUUCUGCAAAAUUUAGUUUCUCUUGCUAUUUGUAUGUCAAGGUGGAUAGAAAAAUGUCGUGAACUUUUAUAAAACUUGAGUAUCGAUUAUCAAUAUUGCUUAGCAAAUGUUUUUCCAUGAAAUUGUUUUUCUACAUUUCUAUUUCGGUAUACGGAAAAUCGAACAUGUUAAACUCAACAAGGAUGAAAAGUGACAACGACGAAGUUUUUCCUCCAUGACACGGAACGUCGUAACCUCAAAAAUUACGACUUGCAAUAGAUCGAUUGGAGAAAAGCUUUUUAGAAAAUUGUAAAAACGACCACGUCGCCGUUGACCGUUCAGUCAAGAACGGAAAACUGACUUGAAUGUACGCCGCGAAAAUGUAUAUCAUCUGGCUAUUUUGUCUGUUGGCAUAUUUCGGCUCACCCCGAAACUUCGUCGAAUCUACUCGGUGGGUGGACGAUUUGGUGUCGCAAAUUGUCGAAAAUUUGGAAUUUCGUCAAGUGAAGAUAAUGACGCGACUCGAUGAUAACGCUAUCAUCGAGAACCCCCUGUUCGACGAACUUUGUGAGAAGUUAACGCAAAAUUUGCCCACAUUGAGAAUCAAUUUCGGGGAAAAUUUCGAGUUCCCUGUCAAUUCUGUGUCCGACGAAACGGUGCAAGCGAGGACUCCCAUCGACACUUCGGCCACUCUGUUUCUUCUUGUGAUCGAGUCUCGUAACAGCUUGCCUAUCACAACGACGAAAAAAAAUUUCAUCAAUGCCGUUGCCGAAAUGGCGUCUUAUCACUACGAUCCGAAAUAUCUCAUGAUAUCUUUUGUUCCGGAGAAAAGUAACAGCUUCGAGGAACUGUUGCUUUACGCUUGGGCCAAAAAAAUGCUGGAUUUUACUAUUAUUGAGUUGGUUCAACCGGAACUCCCGAGACGUUCCAUUCUCGUCGAAAGUUCAGUCGCUUCGCCGAUGAUGUAUCAGCUCAACUUCUUUAAAAAGGAAUACGUGAGAAAGGUCAUGACAGGUAUCGAUGACCUGUUUCCCAGUAAAGUUGACAAUUUAUGGGGCCACCGCUUAAGGAUACGAAUAGGCUCGGCAAUGCCAUCGAUUCUGCUUGACGUUAAUAUGUACGUAACUAGCAUAUUUGCUAAAAAAUUGGGAAGUUCCAGAACUUAUAUUCCCCGAGGUCCAUCCAAUGCUUCAGACGUCUGGCGCUCCAUGUAUAUCAACAUGGAAGAAGAAAAUUUUGAUCUUCAAGGUGAACCGGAGCCUUAUUUCUUGUCAAACGGUUGGAAUCAUACACUGAAAACUGUACCAACAAUAUUACACGAUGCAUUCUGUGCUGUCGUGCCGAUCAAACGAAUAUCUAAGAGAUCCGUCUCGGCGAAUGUCAUCGCCGCUUACAUUCUGAGUUUCAGUAUUAUUCUGAUUUUCUGGUUGUUCAUGAAACUACUCUCAUUCCAAACAUAUCCCUGGCGGAUGUUCAACAUCGGACGAGUACUUUUUGGUAUCUCGAUCGCCCAACAACCUCGUGGUAAUGUCGAACGAAUUAUUUUCACUUGCUUGCUCGCUAUAUUUGCGAUGUAUUCAUCCACGAUCUAUGCCUCCAUAACGGACAUAACUAUGGAGACGGAAGACGAAGUGGAAUUUAAAUCCUUGGCUGACCUUGACAGUUGAGGAUUGACGGCGUAUGUGCAAGAUAUCGAUGCUGAACGAACUACCAGUCUGUUCAACGGUCCGUUAAAAAAAUUGGGGAGAAAAAAAGAAGUGUCUUUGAACAAUGUGGUUUGUCUUCAUCAAUUGUUUUUUUAUAACGAUACCGUUUGCUUCAUAUCUAAGAUGAUUUCAGAGGUUGAACUUCUAAAAUUGAAAGGUGAUGGACGCCCUACCAUGGAAUACUUCGAUCCAUGUUUUUGGAGCGACAGUUACGCUUUAACCGUGGGUAAAAGAUCACCAUAUCGUCCGAUCUUCGAUAAAAUAAUUAUGCGACUCCACAGCACUGGACUUAUCGCACGCUUUUUAUCCCAUAAUCGCUCGAAUCGCAAAGAAGCCUCUGGUCUCAUUACAAAAGAUUUGCUAAACACGGAUGUUCUUCGUGUGCAGUUAAUGGCCAUCGGCGUAGUGGGCUUCUCACUCUCUAUUUUCGUUCUAUGUGUGGAGAUCAUUUAUCAUCGUAUAUCGAUGCACAUCAAAUCGAGAACGCGACCCUUUCGCCCAACUUUCCCCCACGUCGUGUGAAAAGGACUGGGAAACUACAGUUCGUCGAUAUUAAAAGUGUGAUCCACGUUGCGAAAUUGAUGUUUUUCAGUGAUAUUGUAGAAGUGAAAUAUUAAGUGAAUAUUAAAAUUUUGCGAUAAUAAUGCUUUCUCGAGAAAGAAGAUGUAAGAGUUAGAGGAGACCGGGGCUGGUUGGCCGACUUUUCAAACUAUUGCUUGUAAACAAGGAACUAAAGACGAUUUCAAAAACCAAAUGGUCGUUCCUCUAUCUCAGAUGAAAAUUUGAAUUUUUAAAUUUAAAACGAAUCGAGUUAUCGAAUCGCUUUUUUGACGAACCGUUUUUGUGUCAACCGACCCCACGGUCGGGGCAAGUUGACUAUGGUACUAUUUUUACCUGAUAAUCAACUAAGUAUUAGUGAAAUUAAUAAAAACGGAUAGUUAUAUCAAUACUAUUUAUUUGAUUAUUCGAACAAUGAAUACAAAAUGUUGACACAUAAGUGAAUGUAAAGAUAAUUUUUGUCCACAAGUGAGAGAAACAGGAAUCCUCGUCCUCGUCAUCAAAAUCAGAAUUCCAGUUUUUACACACAUGGAAUAUUAUAUUUUUACUGGCACACCUUGAGUGGGCCCAUUUAGAGCACUCAUGUACGUCGACACAUGUGUUGGCCAACCCCAUACUACUGUUGGCCCACUUACCCCACACUGCUUUUUCUAGCAGCAAAACGUUCUACCAGCAAAUUAUAGCGAUAAUUGAGAAGAAUACUAUGCGCAAUUAUAUAGUUCAAUAUGUGAACAUUCAUGUGAAGGGUUAUUCUAUUAAUUGGAAAGAAAUUCGAGGCAACAGUAGUUAGAUAAGAUUGACGUAAAAAUUUGGUUCUGUACCUGGAUUUAUGGAAAUUCUUCACUGUCUCUAAACGACGUGUCGCUCUGACGCGUUGGUACACGCAUGAAUGAGAAAGAGGUUACUAUGAACAAUUAUAUCAGCCGAGCAUAUGCUUACAUUCCAUAUAGUUUGGAUGUUAUUGUUUAUUAGUCAACUUGUCCCGUUGGCCAACUACCUUCCUUACUUUGAAUCCGAUUGUUAAUUUAACGUAAAUAUCCAGCUCUCGCAAUCAAUAUAUUCGAAUAAACGAAAUUGUAAUCGCACUUUACACAAUCGUGUAUAAACAAGGCUAAACAAACUCGCUGUACAAAUAAAAGGAUUGUAGCACAACUUCA